CCCAAAUCCAGAGAGUAAUCGAGGGUCCAAGUAGAAUAGCCCAUUAACCCGAUAUAUAAGCAUUUUGUCAUUUGCUCGGUUUAACUUGUGAAUUGUGAAAGUUAAGAGCUCGCUUCGCGAAAAUCCUCUCAAUCAACGACCAGCAAAAAGGGAAAAGAAAAGAAUGGGAUUCAUAAUGGAAUUUGCGGAGAACUUGAUAUUGAGAUUGAUGGAGGAUCCACAGGAGAGAGAUCGCAAGUUUCGAGAACAUGUGUACGCAACAAAGGCGAGGUGUGAUAAGACUAAGGAGAUGUGGAGUUAUCCUAUCCGUCCGUAUGGUUUCUGGACAUUUGAUAGACACAAUGCUCAGAAUUUCUGGGACCCACAGAUCAGCCAAGUCGACGGUCGUCGUGAUCCUUAUGAUGACCUCCUCAAGGACAAGUGAUGACUUUGAGGAUAGCCAGGAGACGUCAGCAAAGAAGUUCUUUUAGAGUACCUGGUAAUCCAGAUUGUUUCUAAUGCGUAUUAUCUGUUUUCUGAACAUUCUCCGUAAUUGACUAUUCGAACAAUUGAAUAAAUCGUGAUGUUAUCAAUGAUGUAAAAGGUACCUUGUUUUCAUAAACUUUUGUUUUCUCAAUGUUGCAUUUGAAUCCUUAAUUUGAAGGAACAUGUGAGGCAGUGAUGUUUGCCUCGGAUGCUCUGCUUAUCUCA